UUUUGUUUCCCAGGUCCUUUCGGUCCAUGUGACUCCCUGCUGGGCAGCUGGUUGGUCCGUGUGGGCCUGUGGUCCAUCACCCUGGUGUCUCUACUUGGAAACUCCGUCCUGCUCCUCUCUCUUUUUGGCUCUCCUGGAUAUCUGUCUCCGCUCCGGUUCACCGUGGCCUGCAUGGGCGGAUCCAACCUUUUGACGGGCAUGUGCACAUGCGCCCUGACCCUGGUGGACGCCCUCACCUUAGGAGAAUUUGGCCACCAUGGUGCUCAGUGGGAGACAGGUCCUGGUUGCCAGGCCACAGGUUGGGUGUGGGUUUUUGCUUCUGAAGCCAGUGUUUUACUGCUGACGUUAGCGGCCGUGCAGUGUGGCGUGAGUGUGACGUGCGCCCGUGCCUACGGGAAGUCACCUUCGUUCGGAAGUGUUCGUACCUGUGCACUUUUCUGUCUGACUUUCUCCGUAGUUCUGGCCUCCUUCCCACUGUUGGGGGUUGGAGAAUAUGGAUCUUCGCCUUUCUGUCUUCCCUUACCCCUGCCACCUCCGUCAUCCAGGGUUCAAUCCUCUCUGGGUUUCCCUCUGGCUCUUAUCAUGAUGAACACUUUGUGUCUCCUUAUCGUCACUGGUUCGUUCAUACGCCUGUACUGGGAGUUACUCAGGGGUGAAUGUGAAGGUCUGUGGGACUGUGCAAUGAUCAAACAUGUGGCCUGGCUCAUAUUCUCCAACGGACUCCUCUACAUACCAGUGGCCUUUCUCUCCCUCUGCUCCGUCCUGGGUCUCCUCUCUCUAGGAGAGGAGGUUUUAAAAUCAACCCUCCUGCUUCUCCAACCCCUGCCUGCCAGCCUUAAUCCACUCCUCUUCCUUCUGUUCACUCGAGAUUCCUCCCAAAUGUUCUUAUGGUCUUGCCCCAGUGCUCGUCCACAGCUGCGGCGGGACCAUACUAUGGAUUCUUUGGUCUCGGUGGAAACAGAGAAAAGCUCUUGCUCUGAUUCCUCCGUGCAGGGGUCACUCACCGACCCAGAUGGCAUGUAUGUCGCGGGGUCGUCCCUACCAUCACGACUGGAUCACAUCCGAUUUUCCCAUUGCUCUUCUUCGUCAGCGGUCCCUCUCAUCCCCUGUCAAAUUCCAACUCCUGCUACGAGAGACCGAGCGACAAAAACAUGUGAGGAUUAAAAUCUGCCAGGUUCAGAAAAAGACAUGGUUCUUUCCACCUGCUCCCCGUACCGCUCUGCCAUCAACCCAGCACUCACAUCUCAUCCGUGAGGUGAAAGGAAUCUUUGAGACUUUCUAGACAUUCAUGGACUAUGAUGACUAGCUUGCUCAUCAGAGUGAAUCCACGUAGAGAGCAAGAGGUCCAGCUGAAAGUUCACUUUAUAACAAAGACCAUCAGGACACCCCCUUAAUCCAGUUUAAAGGAUCGUUUUUGGGGGACCCUUCUGAGUGAACGGCACGGAUCAUGAACUCAGAAAGUGACCAGAAGAGUUGUUUAUCAAACAGUCAGUCAAAUGUUUGAACUGGGGAAGGGUUUAAGUUUAGAUACUGUUUUAAGUCUAAAUGUUUAUACUGAAAUGUGAUCAUGAGGUUACAGACUGGUUUAUAUGUUUUAAACGGAUUUAUAAUGUGUAUUUUAAAAAAAAUAUAAAUUCUAUACUAAGGCAAAGAUCUAAGUAAAGGGAUUCAUCUUCGAAUACGCCAUUUUUUUUAACCAGGGUAAGCUAACUUUUUCCUUAGAGAAAUAUUUUCUCGGACACUGUGUCAAAAAAAUGCAACAAGAAAUAUAUUUCUACAAGGUUUACAAUAACGAUGCCUUCAAAUGGUGUUUACUGUGCUUAAGGACUGAGACUAAUUGUGGACGAUUUCAUUUGUUCUUUGGCUCUUCAACAGACACGAGACAAAAGUUACUUGUACCAACUCUGGCUUCAGGUACUUGGUAUUGGUCAGCUGUCUCAGCGGACGGAUUUAAAGCAGCUGGUUUCCAGAAUGUUGUAUAUGAACUUUAAUUAGAACGGUUGUUUGAUAUAGUCCCAUGAGGUUUGAAACUACUCAGGUUAUGUAAGGUAACAUUUGACUUUGACAACGAUGCUCUGUCAUUAACUUUCAGUAUGUUUAUCACACAAGUAACUCAGACCGACAGGAAGAGCAGCCGCAAAGGUCACAUGGAACGAAGCCAACUUUUCUUCAGCUGCGUUGGUUAGGAACAUGUACAUGCAAUGUAACUACCUCUAAACUAGCAUGGUAUUUGAUUCUUUACCUUCUCAUGUUGUUUUUUCUUUUUUCACAAUUAACAGCAAAUAUAUUAUUUUAUGUGUUCAGAAAUAAAUUCUUAGCUGGAACCUGCCUUUGGAUUUUGGAUGUACAUAUUUUGUUUAAAACGCCUAAAAAACAUGUUUAAAUAAAAUUACCUUCGUAAACCUUGCUGCGUAUGUGGCUUUGAAAGAAAGCGCUUGUCGAAAUUGAAAUACAAAAACACAUUAGCCACACUAAGAGUCUCAUCC